AUGAUGGGUAGAACGUGACGUCACGCGGCUAAAUGUAGCUCUAUUCGAAACUGACGAUGGAGUAGAUACUUUUAGCCUUGUAUCCUUGUUUUAUUCUGUUAUUCCUCCUCCGUUUUAUGUUUGAUGAAUUCUUAAGGAUAUUUUACGUGUCCUCGAUGGACGUUGAGUGCUAACAAGCAUCAUGUUUAAGUGUAUUCCGUUGUUCAAGGCGUGCAAUCGUCAGGUCGAAUAUAUCGAUAGGCGACACUGCAACCUGACUGAUGUUCCAGACGACGUUUUGAGAUAUACUCGUAGUUUGGAAGAAUUACUUUUAGAUGCUAAUCAACUGAAGGACCUGCCAAAGGGAUUUUUUCGCCUGGUACAGUUGAAGAAAUUGAGUUUAAGCGACAAUGAGAUCUGUCGAUUAUCGUCAGAUGUGGCCAGUUUUAUCAACCUCAUGGAGAUGGAUGUCAGCAGGAAUGACAUCUGUGACAUUCCGGAAAACAUCCGAUUCUGUAAGAAUCUCCAGGUCCUCGACAUCAGCAGUAAUCCACUUUCAAGGCUACCCAACGGAUUUACACAGCUUCGUAACUUGACGCAUUUGGGACUGAACGACGUCUCACUUGAACGACUCCCUCAUGACUUUGGCAGUUUGACAGGACUUAUCUCCCUUGAGUUGAGGGAAAAUAACAUCAAAACCCUACCCCAGUCCAUCUCACUACUGUGUAAGCUGGAAAUCCUCGACCUGGGCAGCAAUGAAAUCGAGGAACUGCCAGCUAUCAUAGGGUCGCUGUCCAGUCUACAGGAGUUAUGGUUGGACUGUAACGAACUUGCAGAACUUCCACCGGAAAUUGGGGACCUGAAAAAGCUCACCCAGAUUGACGUCUCAGAAAACCAGCUUGACUACCUACCUGAAGAAAUCGAGGGUCUUUGUAAUCUUACUGACCUCGCACUGUCGCAGAACAAUCUGGAAUCACUUCCCGAGGGCAUAGGUAGCCUAAAGAAACUGUCCAUCCUCAAGGCUGAUCAGAACCGUCUACUGGUGCUCACACCCCAGAUUGGAAACUGCGAGUUGUUACAAGAAAUGAUCCUCACAGAAAACCUCUUAAACGAACUUCCAAUAACUAUUGGUCGCCUAAAGAACUUGUCAAAUUUCAACGUGGAUAGAAACAAACUCACGGAAAUCCCAGUCGAGAUUGGGAGGUGUUUGCGGCUGAAUGUGUUCUCCAUGCGCGACAAUCGACUUCUCCGUCUUCCUCAGGAACUGGGAAAUCUCAAGGAACUCCAUGUCCUUGAUGUGUCCGGAAACAGACUUGAAUACUUGCCCAUUACAGUGGCUAAUCUCAACCUCAAGGCGCUAUGGCUGGCGGAAAACCAAGCAAAGCCAAUGCUCAAAUUCCAGACAGACUUUGAUGAACGAACUGGACAACGUGUUCUAACCUGCUUUCUGCUGCCCCAGCAGGACUUCCACACAGAGAGCAUGGAAAAUUUACUGCGAGGUAGUAUUGCAACGGACGCAGAGAGCCAGAUCAUUGAGGAAACUCUGAAGAACCCCCGCGACAGUACCAUACAGUUUGAGGUUCCCGACUCAGACGGGGAUGACGAUAGCAAUAGCAACUUUGUAAGGCAUGACACUCCGCACCCCAAGGAGCUGAAAGCACGCCACCCCAAGUUCAACAAGAAUAAGGUUCAGGGCAUUGAUGGGCAUGUGAUUCCUCAUCAACAGGAGAAGAAGGACCAGGCGUUCAUGCCUGCGCGUGAUCGUGACAGCGACUUCCUCUGGCAGCAGGACCAGACAGAUGAAUUCCCCACAGAACCAUCGGAGAAGCCAGCCAAGCGUGUCCAAAUUGGAGGGGAAGAGGAAGUGAGACAGGAGAUGCCACCACUGGAGUGUGAAACAGUACCUCCUGUCAUCAAAGCUCCAGAAUUGGUUGGUCCACCUCGCCACGAGAGUCAGACCCAGGAAAUCAGCGAGGAGGAGGAGUCGCCGACGGAGACGGCUCCACUGAUCCGAGAGGUCCAAGUGUCGGAGACUGUGUUUAUUCCCGAGGAGCAGUACAACGGAGCCAUGGAGGAGGAAGACGCAGAGGAUUCUGAUGAUGAACAGAGGAGCUUCGAGGAGUACGAUUCUGAUGAUGAUGACAUUUACCGUCCACGGAAGGUUGGAUUCGACCCAGAGAUUGAAGAACACCCGGAUCAUAAGAUGGGAUUGAGGCGGCGGGACACACCUCACCACAGGAAAAACAAGCGCAUCAUCCAUAACGAUGAGACAAAGGAGAAGGUCCUCGAGAUUCUGGCUCAGGCCGCCGCUCAAAAGGAACAAACCGUGGCACCGGUAAAACUGGAGCCAAUCGAGGGCCUUAGAUUACCAAACGUAAACAGCAGCCUCAACGAUUCAAAAAAGGAGGAGGAAUUCUCAAUUCAUAUCCUGAGACAGAAGGGCCAAGGGCUGGGCAUCAGUAUUGCUGGAGGAAAGGGGUCUACUCCAUACCAAGGGGACGAUGAGAGUAUUUUUAUAUCCCGUGUGACGGAGGAAGGGCCUGCUGGGAAAGCGGGCGUUCGUACGGGAGACAAACUUAUUUCGGUAAAUGGAGUGAACUUAGUUGAGGCUGAUCAUUACGAUGCCGUUGAUGUGCUGAAGACCGCAGGAAAUGACAUCACAAUGGUUCUAGGCAGAGAGGUAGAAGAACCCGAGCCAGCAACAACAGAAGUGACUCUAUCAGAAGCCUCAGAUGAGAAGAAACCAGGGUUCGCAACGGUUACUUUUGAACAAGCACCAGACACAGAGGUUUUCGGAGAGACAAUCAAGACAAUUUUAAGACGUGACGAGAAUGGUCUGGGGUUCAGUAUUGCUGGUGGCCGAGGGUCCGUGCCAUUUAAGGGAAACGAUCAGCAAGUGUAUACCUUCCUCGAGGCUAUCUACAUUUCGCGUGUGACAGAGGGAGGAGCCGCUGCUAACGACGGUAACCUCAAGGUCGGAGACAGAAUAAUUUCGAUAAACAAUGUAGAUAUGCAGGAUGCCCGACACGAUCAGGCGGUGUCACUGUUAACAGGGGUAGACAACUCUAUCAACCUUGUCGUGUAUCGGGAGAAAGUCAUUCCAAAAGAGGAGGCAGUUGUAAAUCCACCCAGCGGGGAACGUCUCAAGACGAUGACCCAGCCCCUCAUCACGUGGAACGAAUCAUCUCCACCUGCGGAGAAAGAAGAGACAUUCAUUGUCAGUCAGUCGCCGGUGAUGACUGCGUCCCCGUUGCCAGGGUUACCAAGUCCUAGCCCUUACUCUUCAGCCAUCCCUUCUUCAUACACAUAUCCCAGCCCUCCUCAUGCCACUGUUACUUCAGCAGACUCUUCAUCCAUACCCCCUCCCCUCCCCGAGGUCCCACCCCCUUCCGUCUCCCCUGACAACAAGGCCGCUCCAUACAUGCCUCUCACCACCUCACCUGCGGCUAGCCCACGUAUCUCCAGUGAUUGGUCGGCAAAACCCACCACGGUGCAGCCGCCUAAAUUUGUGUAUCCGGGAUAUAACCGGAGUUCACGGACGUCUGUUGAAAUAAAAAACAAAGACAAUGUGGAAGCUACAUCGCCUCCACUACCUCCACCACCACCCCCACCCCCACAGGAGGUGGAGGAAGUUCAAUCACCUGUGUUAAAUUCAAAUCACAGUGAAAGUGAGGCUGACAAACCGGCUGAUCAGACAUUUUCUGUGAGUAAUCAGAACUCCUAUGACAAUCUGCCAAAUGACGUAUCAAGUAGGUUUCCCAUUGAGGAUGUAACAAUAGUGAAAGCGGGCGGCCCUCUUGGACUUUCUGUUGUUGGGGGCAGUGAUCACGCCAGUCAUCCCUUUGGUCUGGAUGAACCGGGUAUAUUUGUAUCAAAAAUUGUUCCUGAUGGUGCUGCAUCUAAAACAGCGUUAAAAAUUGGUGAUAGGCUUUUAAUGGUAAACGGUAAAGAUGUAACGCAGGUGACACACCAAGAGGCAGUUAUGCUAUUAAUAUCUCCGACGCAUGAAAUUAAUCUCAGUGUUCGUCACGACCCACCUCCAAGUGGACUGCAUGAAAUAAUUAUUUUUAAGCAACCUGGUGAAAACUUAGGAAUGAGUAUUAAAGGUGGCGUUAAAAACUACGCCACAGGCUUAGAAGUGAAGACUGAUGAAGGAACGUUUAUAUCUCGGAUACAUGAUCAUGGUGCUGUGAGUCGAGAUGGCAGACUGAAGGUGGGACAGAGGAUUCUCGAGGUGAAUGGACAGAGUCUUCUCGGCUCAACACAUCAAGAGGCAGUGCGAGCUCUACGAAGUGUUGGCGACAAAAUGGUGAUUAUGGUUUGUGAUGGAGACGACGCGUCAUUGUCAGACGUCCAGUCGCCCGACUCCCCGAAUGCGCCGAUGUCAUUCAACCCCGCUCAGUCGUCCAACCGUGACUCCGUAUCAAGUAUCGAUGUGGAGGAUGAGGAUACAGCUAUCAUCAAAAAGGAGCAGGAAGGGAUUAAGGAGACUGAGCGCUGGGAGAAGGAGGAGGAGGAAUUGAGGAACAAGCUGUUAAAGGAGCGAGAAGAUUCGUUGAAGGAAGAAAGUCAGCUGCCUGACAACAACCAGAAUACAGAACUCUGCACCUCUACACUAACCUCAGAAACUGUGAUGAAACAAGUGCCUCAGGAAAAGCCGCCGGUCGCCAAAAAACCGGAUGUCGUCCCUGUGCCUGCUCCAAAGCCAGUAAUACCACCCAAAAGGCCACCAGUUCCGCCCAAACCAAGCAACAUUGGUCGGCCUGACGACAAAGCCUUCGCUCUUUACGACCCGAUUAAACAAUCGCGCGUACCGUCUGCUUCUCAGAAUCUCAGCAAGACGAAUGCCCAAAUAUAUGAACCACAACAACGGUCCUUUUCUCAAAUGAAGCAUUAUUUUGAGAAGGAAAUGCAAGAGACGACAACUGCGAACCAGCCUCCUUCCAAACAGUUCAGCUACCUGUCAGAACAUGAGUUGGAGCGGAUGAAGACGGAGGAAGAGAAAAAAGCCAACAGCAUGUCAAAAGAGGAGCUCUUGUCCAGUGUUACCGGCAACGUAGGCAGUUCAUCACAGGAGCAAGAGUACAACCAGGUGCUUUCCAGACCGACACCUUUUAAGUCAUCUCUACUGUUGCCACGGCCGUACUCUCGUUUGCAGUUCAGUCCUAGCGGCAGUGUGGUGCGUACCGCAAAGGCCGAGAAACGUAUGCAAGACCGACUGGCAGCUGAGGGGUCGGUGGGACCCGCGGGUGACCCCGUCUCACCUGCUGAAGAACGCCAGCUUCAGGCAGAGAAAAGGGCAGCAUGGCGCAAGGCUAGGAUGAAUUCGUUAGAAGAAGACGCCAUGAAAGCGCAGGCUGUGAUCGUCCGAGCACAAGAGAUGCAUCAUGAACUCGCAUCUAGUGGAGAUGCUGAUAAGGCUGAUGGUCCAAUAAGUCAUAACGGCGAGCAGGUCGAGGUCGUACAAAAAAAUGUCAUGGAGUUUAAUCUUGAGGACUCUACAACUGGCCGGCUUGGGGUCAGUGAGGGGUCAUAGGGCAGGAGGUCGUAGUUCAGAGGCAAUAUCAAGAUUCAGUAACGGUAUCUGGAUAUAUAGAUGCUGAUAACCCCCCAAAAACAGAAGUGAGCAGCUCCCCGCCACAUGUACCAGACACGCCUAUUUCUAGGACAGGGUCACAGGUCUACAGGAAGGUCAGAGGUGACAUGUGUGUGCUGUGAGGACCGUCCUGUGUGUUGGGCCCAGGACGUCGUGGACACCAUUACCUAUAUUGACAGUGUACUGUACGAAGUCAUCACACCAUCACAAUCAUCUUUAUACCAAUGUUUUAUUUUGACCGUUUCAAAUGCAUAAACCAUCGCUUACAUAACAGAAAUCAUGCCAGAUUGCCGAGUUGUUCAGGAACUCUCUGAUGGAAGGCGGCAAUUAUUAUGCAGAAUGGAAUUUCAAUGAUUUUCCAAACCAAAGAUGUCAAUCUAUCUUGAUCAAAUUUGUUGCAAUGAUUAAGAAAAUUUCCAAUCCGACCUUUUUUUAAUGAAAUGUUAAUAUAUAAUGUCAGUACCGGACCUCGAACAAGGAAAAUUGAUCCUAAAAAAGCUCUGUGCUCAGGUCAAAGGGCAUGGCUGGGUGACAGGAUUGAAGCCUUAAGGAUUUGGAUAAUUGUGAAGGGUUCAGGUGCCAGGACGUCAUCAGUGUUACUUUUAAGCAUCACACUUCUGGGAUUUCAUUAAUCAACAACUUUGAAAUAAUACAGACCUUUGACAGUUCAGCCCUUUCCCUCUGGAUUCCGUCCAUGGAAUUCCACUAGGAGGGGUUUGGUUGUCUUCAGGACCAGACACGUGCUGAUAGGGUUUGGUUCGCAGGAGCUGGCUCGCGUUGGCAGAUCCCCGGAACAGGCAUUCGUGCAAUUUUCUUAUGAUGUUCAAACCGAGGAGUGAAAAUAUUAUAACGGACAGGAAUUAUUUGACAGAUGUGUUUUGUUGAUUCUAUGUGAGGACUGUUUGUACAGAGGUAUAUAUACACUUAUAAAACGUGAUAAUAAUUGAUGGUUAAACUGAUAUAGGGUUUUAAGCAUCAUCCUAUUUUAACCUUGUAUUCAUGAAUUGUAGAUUAUUUUUAAGUUAUAACUUUUCAACAUGUUAUAAUUUUUAGCCAUUAUUUAAAGCUGUUGGUGAUUGUUUUAAGGUUAGGAUUUUAAUUUUAAGCCCUGUCAAAGUUCAAUCACAAAGUAACUGAUUUUGAAUUGUAAAUUAUUUUAUGUUAUAUUCUAAUAUGUUGUAAUAUAACUAAUUUAUUGACAUAUCUGCAAUGGGAUGGCCAUGAGGAACAUUUAUAUCUCAAGGUUUUAAAACGGGACAGAACGGCCAUCUUUUUAUAUCAAGAAAUUGGGUUGGAAAGCAAGGAAUAGAACAUUUGAAAUAUUGCUAUAGGUCUUUCAUCAUUAGUAGUUUUAAAUGCUUUUAGAUAAUUAAUUCCUCUUAAUUUAAUUUUUAUGACUCAGUAAAACUUGCUAGUGUUUGCUUAUCAGCUUUGUUUCUGAAAAAAUCAUUUUAAUUCCCAUCCUCAAUUUAAAGAACUCCUAUCAAGGGCUUUGUGCAAAUGUAGAAUCUUCUUAUCAUGGUUUUAAUAGGAAAAGAGAUAUUUUUAUCCAAUUUAUUAAUAGUAUAUAAUGUUUGUUCAAUUCUUUGACAAGCCUUGGUGUCACUGAUCAGUAUUCGGCACUUUAUAUCCUCAUCCCGCGCUCGUUUUAUUUCAAUAUAAUUGUUUUACCAUUUAUUUCAGUUGUUAACUGCUCUGUAUCUGUGAAUGCCAAUAUUUCGUAUUUAAAUUCUGUUUUAUGAUUUGUGUUUUGUUUGUUUUUGACAUAGCUGUUUUUCACUAUGUCCCAACCUGUCCUUUGACACUAGAAGUAUUCGAGGCAUAUUGUUGCGUAUAGUAUACCAUCCAGUGAUACAGUUUGUUCUAUUUGUUUAGCUGUGGGGCAAGAGUUAACUCCCUUCAUUAGCAGUGGAGCAGGAGCUAGUUCCAUUUAUUAGCAAUAGAGAAAGGUUUGAUUCCCUUUUGACAGUGGGACAAGAGUUCUUUCCCUUUGUUUCAUGUAUUCUUGCCUCUUGCUGCCCAGAAACUGUUUUGGAAGUUAAGUGUCUUGAUUGAAUGAGUUCAAAAAAAUGCGGGAAUGCAAGCCUCCACAAAACAUCUGUAAUUUUCAGAUAGAAUGAAUGCAAGGGAAAAAACAGAUAGAAAUGUGUUAUCCAAUGUUAUAUGUGUGUGUUUUAAAUUGUAGUGAAGUGGUCCUAUACACUUCCAUGUUAAUUUGAAUUUAAACAGUUAAGACAAGGCGGGUUAGCCUAAAAUCUGAGUGAAGACGUAUAUGUGACUUUGUGUUGCUAGUCAGAAAAAGUACUCCCAACCAUGUAUCAGAGCUUAGCCUGAUAACAUAGAGUAACUCUCUUUUUGUUUUAACAAAGGGUAAGAGUUCUCUUUGUUUACCAGGAUACAGUGAAUAAAACAGUGUUCAGCCUAUUUGUUACUAACUGGAGUAAAACAGUGUUCAGCCUCUUUGUUACUAACUGGAGUAAAACAGUGUUCAGCCUAUUUGUUACCAACUGGAGUAAAACAGUGUUCAGCCUAUUUGUUACUAACUCGAGUAAAACAGCUUGUUUCCAUUGGUAGUCUUUCUCCAUAGCUUGUGAUAUAUCAUUUUAUUGUUUAAAUAUAUUUGUUUGGAGAGAGGAUCAUUAGUUUGAAAAUUGGACAAAUAAAAUACACGAUUAACGAAUAUAAUGAGACCUUUCUGUUUCUGAGUGUAUGUUUAGAUUGCAGCAGUUAUUUUGUGGUACUGAUAAUGAGUUUUUCCUGUAAGUUGAACUAUUGUAUCCACUCUGUCCCCCCCUCUCAGCUUCGAAUAGACUAGUCUAUAGCUUCCCUCUCAGCUGUGAGUAGGCUAGUCCGAGUUGUGGGAGAUGUUAUUUUGUGUGUAGGGAUGGUAGAUAAUGCCAGCAUAGAUAAGGUAUACCUGGAGUGUGUUGGCCCAUUUGUGAAUAGCACAUUCUCAUCACAUAUAAUACCUAUGUACAUGUGUUAUUGACAGAUGUUGAACAUGUGUUGCACUGAAGCGCACCAGCAACAUACCUCAAGUAAAGCAGUACUCGCUGUAGACUAUGUUCAAUAUGUAUUUAAACAAACUGAUUUUGCUGUUUGAAAGAUACAGAGAUCUCCUCAGAGAUAAAAAAAAAUAAAAGUAUUUUUAUUAAAAUGUACAGAUACUAAUAAUAAUGUUGAUUUACAUUGAAGAGGUAUAUUUGAGUUGAUGAUCAACCUCUCGUCCCUCUAAUCUCUGGAAUAGACAAGUCCAUUUACAUUAGAGAGUAAUAACAUUGCCAUCCCUCUGAUUGCUGGUAUAGACCAGUCCAAAUAAACUAGAGGGUAAUACCAUUGUCACCUCUCACUUAGUGCUGGAAUAGACCAGUCCAUGAAAACCAGAGGGUUACAUCAUAACACCCCUACUGAUCGCUGGAAUAGACCAGUCCAUUUACAUCAAAGGGUAAUAAUAACAUUGCCACCUCUCUGAUCACAGGAAUGAAACAGUCCAUUUACAUGUGAGGUUAAUGACAUUGUAUUAUAUCUCUGGUAUGGACCUGUUUAGAACAUAUUCUUUGUGGGAGGUAGCUAUAGCUAGGAUUGAAACAGAACUUUAUGUAAAAUCAUCCAUACAGCCUCAUUCCACUGUUGUAACUGUGCCAGAUUUUAAGGAUGGGAUAUUUCUAAUAAAUUAAAAUUUCAGGAAUU